AUGAUCCGUCCAGAGAAUCAUUCAAGCAAUGUAACACUCAGAGUCCACAGUUGGAAAAAAUUCGAAGCCCUUCGCCAUUUAGAAUUUAAUUUUACUUUUCGAGACCCAUCAAUCAAUAAAUCUCCAAUUCCUGGCUACCAAAACAUAACAAUGUACCAAGAUGUUAACAAAGACAACACCUUUGAUUUGUGCUUUAAAAAUUUGCAUUGGGAUACAGAUUUGGGCUAUAAUACUUUUGAAUUAUUAGUCAUCAUCAAAAAUAUCAAAAAACCACCGCAUAUACUAGAAGACCCGAAAAUACUAUAUCGAGGCAUUGAAAAUUUAUCAAAUCAUUGCUAUAUCAACGUUAAUAUUCAAAUGUUAUUUCAUAUUCCCGCUUUCCGAAAGAUUAUUUACUCUAUCGACUCCUACUUAAACAUGGGCGAUGAUCAGUCGAAAGCCCUGCUACUAGCAUUACGAAAAACCUUCAUUCUUCUCGAAGAAAAAAAAGAAAAUACAAGAAAAGACGAAAAAAUGACAAAUGCCAUACAAAUUGACGAGUUACUUAAUGCGCUUUCAUUGGUAAAUGCCACGCAGAUAGAAAUGAAUGAUUCCCAUUGGUUUUUAGACAGAAUUUUCUCAACAUUAAAUGAUAAUUCCGCAAAAUCAGAAAUAAGCAAUAUCUUUGGUUUCGAACAGCUCAGCAACAUCAAGAAAGAUGGUGAGAGCAUUGUUAGGCUCGAAAGAUGCUUAACUUGGCCGAUUUCCAUAAAUCAAAAUUUAUCUUUCGAAGAAAACAUCAAAAACGAUCGAAGUGAAAUAAUUACAGAAACAGGGGUAUCGAAACAAUACAAAUUUAAGACUUUACCGAAAAUUUUGAUAAUUUCAACGUCAUAUAUUCAAUCAAACAGCGAACAAUCAGUACAUGACUUACCUACAACACUUAGUCUAUCGAAAUACGUAUCAGAAGAACAGACUUGUGCUGAAUAUGAGCUAUAUUGUAUUAUUUGGUACCACGGAAACAGCCAGAGUGGCCAUUUCUAUUCAUGUCUUCGACCUAAUGUAACAGACAAAGAUUUCUACUUGUUCAACGAUGCCAGAGUAACGAAAUACAAUAUUCAGAACAUAAAUAAAGAAUACGCGCAUCCUCAUGUUCUAGCGUUUGUCAGGAAGGAUAGCAUUGACGAGAUGUCCGUAAUUCCUACGAUGCCGGACAAAUCCGACGCUCCUGUCUGUCCGAAAGAAAUUACAGAGCAAAAAUUAGUUUUCGAAGUCAGAACAACCGGUAACUUAGCUAAUAGUAUUGAUAAUGGAUUCAUUGGCUUCAAACCGAGUAAUGCGACUGAUAGAUUUUCUGUAGAGUUAUCGACCAAAGAUACUUUUUCAAAACUUUACGAAGCCGUCAAAACCGAAUGUGAAAAUUAUUUGGAUAAAAAUUCAGAUAAUUUCAGAUUAUGGAUACGCAAUAAAAAGAGCUUAUUAGGAACAAUAAUUCCUAAUGAUCCGAAACGAAUGUUGUACGAAUUGAAUGAUAAGAUUUUAUUCCUCGACCAGAUAGAUUACAACGAGCCAUUUGAUAUCAGGAAGUCUCAGGCUCGUGUAUUCCUUGUAUAUUUCGAUCCUGCGAAGACGAAAUUCACUUAUAUCUUAAUGAGAACGAUGUCCAACGAUGAACCGAUCUCUGGUAUCAUGUCAUCGACCAUCAAACUGCUGCAAAGCAAAUUAGAAGACACAAGGUCGCUAACUCCAAAAGAUUUUAACGUAUAUGUUGAUAAAUUCGACAAAAGUCCUCCAACGUUAGUUUCCGAUGUAAACAGUAACAACAACUUCAAACAUGGAACAUUCCUCAUCUUUGUUCCUAAGAAUGCUAAGACUCUUGUCGUAGAUCCUCCGAAUUCCACCGUCAGAACAUUGGAAGAAUACUAUCCCGAGAACAGAAUAAUGACCCUUGAGAGGUAUUACAUCACUCACUACUACUCAUGGGACUUCAAAGUAUUCAGAUUCGGACCAAUUGACCAGAAGCCAUUUUUCAUAAAAGUGGCAUCGACUUUGAAUUAUGCGAAAUUCGCGGAAUUCUUAGCCAAAUGCUGCGACCUUGACUACGAUAAGGAUCAGGAUGAUCUCCUCGUAUUCCCUGUUGUAUAUGAGCACUCUCCGAAGACAAGACCAAUAAUUAACCAACAAUGGGCAAAUAUUUGGGACCCUUAUAUGACAAAUCUUGCUUUACAUGCGCUCAUCAAGAAAUAUACAACAAUAUACUUCGAAAUAUUCAAAGGAUAUCGAGGGAAACUGUUUAAUAACAAAUAUAAUUACGGAUUAAUCAGAGUUUCCAUUUCAAAGGACGGUAUACACGUCAACGAACUCUUACAAUGCAUUGUUGAUGCUCCUUAUACACCCCGUGAUGUUCUAAAAGCCCUAAAAAGGGAAGAUCUCGGUUUUGAUUACAGAAUCAGAAAAAUUGAUGGUGGUUCAUCAUGGACACUUGUCGAUAUCGACACCUCCUGUGAUGAUAAACACUGCCACUAUCGAUUUGAACUCAAACCAAAAGAAGAUAUCAUGGAAAUCACAGUUUGCACAGGAACAGUCAAUUCAUCGAACGGACACUUCAGCUUCUUUGGCGAACCAUUCUUACUUCCAGUAGAAGAAGGCCAAACUUUCAUUGAUUUCGCUGAUCCCAAGAAAUUCCCUGAAGGCGUUACUUCAUGCAAGGAAUACGACAUCUACUGCUUGGACGAGAAGUACGAACCAUGUGGAAACUACAAAACACUGAAAAUGGUCGACGCAGUAAAGAAUAACAUGAAAGUCGCUGUAAUUCCACUCACAUUGUCUCCAUAUCUUGAAAGAGAGAAAGAAUUCGAGUUACGCGGAUGA